CCUGCGCCCUCGCGCCUCCGUCCUCUCAAACAUUCGUUGUUCUAUAAAGCCGAGACUCCGCUCGUACUCGGACGCAGUAACGACUUAACCACGUAACGAUAAUAAUCGUUACAAACUCAUAUAUAAAGUUAAGUGAUACCAUGGCAGACCAAGACUGGGGAUACACGGGCGAAAACGGUCCCGUAACAUGGCUUGAGAAGUUCCCAGAAGCAAGGGGUGCAAGACAAAGCCCCGUAGACAUAGUGACAUCUAGAUCUAGUAACAGCGGUAGUGUUCCACCUCUUACUUUCCGGUACUCCGUCCAUCAUCCACGAUCUGUUGUCAAUCCUGGUUAUUGUUGGCGAGUUGAUGAAAAUGGAUACAAUUCAGAACUCAGAGGUGGACCACUAGGCUCUGACGUCUAUAAACUUCAACAAUGGCAUUGCCAUUGGGGUGCCAAAAACGGGGAGGGAUCAGAACAUACAGUAGAUGGAAGAUCAUUCUCAGGGGAACUCCACCUGGUUCAUUGGAAUACUAGUAAAUACAACAGCUUUGUAGAGGCAGCUGGUCAAGCAGAUGGACUUGCAGUUCUUGGGGUAUUCAUAGUGGUUGGUUCAAAACAUGAAGAAUUGGACAAGGUUGUCCGACUUCUGCCAUACAUCCAACAUAAGGGUGACAAAGUGACAAUGUCGGAGGCCUUGGAUCCGGCCAACCUGCUACCCAGAGGUAGUGGCUAUUGGACGUACCCCGGCUCUCUAACAACACCACCCUGCACAGAAUCAGUCACAUGGAUCUUAUUUAAACAACCAGUAGAAGUCUCAGCUGAACAGCUGGCAUUGAUGCGUAAACUCCGGUGUGGUGAAGCUUCAUGUGGCGAAGAAGCAAUGGAAUUGCUCCACAACUAUAGGCCAACACUUCCUCUCGGUAACCGUGAUAUUCGUGAUUAUGGAGAACAUUAAACAAUUACAAUCAUUUCUCUUGUGCCUUUGGAUAACGUUAGAGCAGCUAUGUAUAUUAUACUGUAAAUGUAUUUUAUGAAUAUCUACAUCAUUGACAUCAGCGAAAUUAACUCACUCUUAAGAAACACAUUGUUGUGUAUAACAUACAAAAAAAUACGGGAACAUUAAGCUCUCCUUAUAUAGGGAUGAUCUGCCAGAUCUUAUAGCGCAGGUCGCGACAUCAAGUUAUUAAAAAAAUAAAAAUAAACUGAACAUUAUAUAUGGACGCAAAAUGUAUAAUUUCGUUUAUUUAUUUAUUUGUUUACUAAUAUAUAUAACGUGUAAUUGGAUAAAGGCCAAAUUUUGAUAAAUAUUGUUUUAUUUUUUUCAAAGUAGAUAUAACAAAGACUCAAUAAAUUGAGAAUACCAUAGCAAGAUUAGGUUCUUGUUAUUUAAGUUAUUGUUGUUCGUAGUGUCAUAGAGUUUUUUAAAUGUUUAUUAAUGUCAUCUUUUAAGUAAGCGUUUUAAAAACAAUACAUUUAAGAUCUGUUUAGAUUCUUAGUUAUUUAUUAUAUCUAAUGUUUAAACAUUAUAUAAGACCUUAAGUACAGCGGUACAAAGUACCGCAUCGCAUGAGCAGCUAUUGUUUUAUAAAAUACGGGUUGAAAAAUAGCUACCUACCGUCUUUUGAGGCCUUGAUAAAUAAUAAUAAUUGUGCCUUAAUAACUAUACAACGUGGUACAUAUGAAUAAUUGUAGAGAAUAAUACAUAAUGUAGACUAUUCUUCUACUAUAUUACUAGAUACAUAUUUAGUAUUCAAGUUUUAGUCAGGGUCAUAAUUUGUUAUUUUAGAUUAGUAAGGUCAGCGUGCAUUUUUAUUAAGCUUAAGAAAUUUGUUAGUAUUAAAGUUGCAAGAAAAACUACAUUUAAUUGUUUAUUGGUAUAAAUAUUCGAUUUAAAGGCCAGUUCUGUGAGAAUUGUGCCACUAAUUAAUAACUAAUAAAAGCUAUCUAUCAAAGA